AUGGCCUUCUCGCGGCUCCUCCCCUUCCGCAGCCGCCUCCUCUCCACCCUCCUCCACACACCGGGACCCAUCCCCACCCCGCGCGCGACCGCCGCCGCCGCCACCCCCACCGCCACCCCGCUCGGCCCCUUCCUCCGCAGCUUCGCCUCCGCCACGCGGCGGUCGGGGCCCUCCUCCCGCCCCCGCGCCGCGGACAUCGGCGCCCGCGCGCGGCAGCUGCAGACGCGCCGCCUCUGGUCCUACGGGCUCGCCUUCGCCUGCACGGCCGGGUUCGUGGUCACCGUGCUCGCCACGUUCCAGGACCAGCUCGUCUUCUACGUCACGCCCACCGACGCGCUCGCCAAGUUCACCGCCGACCCCUCCAAGUCCCGCGUCCGCCUCGGCGGCCUCGUCCUCGAGGGCUCCGUCGCGCACCCCUCACCGUCCUCCCCCGAGAUCGAGUUCGUCGUCACGGACCUCAUCACCGACGUGCUCGUCCGGUACGAGGGCGCGCUGCCCGACCUCUUCCGCGAGGGCCACUCCGUCGUCGUCGAGGGCCUCCUCAAGCCCUUCACCGACGACCUCCGCGGCGACGGCGGGAGGAAGGUGACCGAGAAGGCGCGGGAGUGCGCGUGCUUCUUGCGCGGCACCGAGGUGCUCGCCAAGCACGACGAGAAGUACAUGCCCAAGGAGGUCGGCGAGGCGCUCGAGCGAAACAAGAAGCGCCUCGAAGCCGAGGCAGAGGCGGCCGCCGCUCAAGGGUCCACUGUGGCUGCCGCGGCGGACGGAGCAAAGGCAAUCUCGUAA